AUGGAUCUGGCUUGUGUCCUGUCGGUGAUGCCCAGCUGGUUGAUCAGAAUCUGCGGGGAUGCGCACUGCCGCCUCGAACAGACAGAGCACACAGAUGAGGAGUGGAAGGUUGAGCAUGCUGUAGUGGAUUGGGGCAGUCUUCCAUUUGUGGUAUUGGAUGUGGUGAAAUGUGGGCUGGAAGUGGAGCAGGAGUUGCGCUGGUCCAUGAUCAGGACAGCCCGUCUUGUGAAUCGGCACUGGGCACGGUGGGCAGCAGAGUCAGUGGCAUCCGUCUGGCUUGGAAAACAUUUAGGGGUCCAGCAGGUGGCCACCAAGUUCCCCUGUGUGCGGAGACUGGAUUUCACACUGUGCGAUGUCCGUGAAGUGGACAUGCUCACCGCGUUGACCAGCCUGCGCUGCCUGGAGAGCAUCCACAUGGGAGGUUGCCAUGUCAGGCAUAGCACCUUGAUUGAUUUGGCACAGCUGAAAGCCCUCACAUCCCUGAACCUGAAGGGCUGUGGGCUUACUGAUGCAGCAUUGAAGCCUGUGCGGCAUGUGGCACUGCUGAAGUGUCUUCAUUUGGGUUUCUGUGACAUUGGUGCUGGAGGGUUGCAGCAUGUUGCGCACCUCCCUGCACUCGCUGAACUGAGUCUAGACAGGUGCAAGCUGAUCGCAGAUGAUGCGUUGGCGUCCGUGGGCGAGAUGACUGUCCUCACAAAUCUGAAUUUAGAGCACUGCCAUCAAAUCACAGAUAAUGGGCUGGAGCAUUUGCGGCAUCUGACUGCCCUUCGAAACCUAAAUCUUUCAGAGUGCAGGAAUGUCACCAACAAGGGUUUGGAGGCUGUGGGAGAACUGGGCUGUCUGAUCCAUCUUGAUUUGACUGGCUGCUUUCAGAUCACCAACGCAGGGCUGGCAGGUGUAGCGAAGCUGGGUGCACUCACCAGCCUUAGUUUAUCUGACCUCAAUCUCCUCACAAACGCAGGCCUGGGACACUUGGGAAAGCUGGAAAACCUGGAAAUCUUGAAGUUGGAUGAGUGUAUGCAUAUAUCAGAUGUGCAGCUCCUGUGUGAGAGCGGGAGGCUGACCUCUCUCAAAUAUUUGAGCCUGGCUCGUUGCGGCAUACGGGACGAUACCUUGGAGUGCUUCAAGUGCUUCGUGGCGUUGAAGAAGCUGAAACUGGCGGGGUGCCCAGUGAGUCAUCCGGCUUGGCAACGCUUGAGCCAACACUUGUCCGUGUUUUGA